GUAAUAAGGCGUUUAAAGUAAAAGGUUGUGGUUUUCGGUUUUGGUCUUUUGAUAAUGAAUAUUAUACAAUUUUUUAAUUUAAACGUAAUCGGUUUGAUUAUGACAUUGAUCAACGUACAAGGAUAUGGUUAUCGUAGUUACGAUAUGACUAGUAAUAAGAAAACAAAAUGUCUUAAUCCUCCUCGUACUGCCAGAAGAGUGGAAAAUUUCAUUAAAGAAUGUCAAGAAGAGGUUAAAAACAAAUUAGUUUUGGAGGCCUUUCGCAUACUCAAACAAGAGGUCCAUAAAACUCAUCCUCCCAUCAAUCCCAAUGAUGAUAGUAUUGAUCUUAUUGAAACUGUAGAAACACCAGCAGCAACACAUUCGGAAACAUGGACUGAAUCAUUGCCACCAUCAUCACCACCAUCACAGUCAGGUGAAGAACAUGUUGUUACACAUAUAAGUGGUAGUGAUAUUGAUGAUGUGAUCGUAGAUGAUGAUGGUGAUCGUUAUGAGUAUUUUAUUGAAGAGGAUACAUCAAACUCUCAACGUCGCAUGAUUCGUUUAUUGAGACGUAUAAGUCGUGUGGGUGAUAUUUCAAAUGGUAUUUAUCAUCCGACUUUAGUGCCAUCGGAGGAUAAAAGGAUUGCGGGGUGUCUAUUGCAUUGUGUUUAUGCCAAAAAUAAUGCCAUUGAUAAAAAAGGUUGGCCUACUUUAGACGGUUUAGUAGAUUUCUACUCAGGUGGCGUUAAUGAACAUGGAUUUUUUAUGGCGACUCUAAGAUCGGUGAAUCUAUGUUUGCGUGCUGUGACCAAUAAAUAUCACGUGGAUCGCAGAAAACUGCCUGAAAAAGGACAAAGUUGUGAUUUGGCUUUUGAUGUCUUUGAUUGUAUAUCCGAUCAAAUAACCGGUUAUUGUUUGGAUCAAUAUAAAUCUUAAUAAUUUGCUUAUAAUUGUUUUUUAAUUUAAUAUUUUUAUUUAUUUAAAUUGUUAGUAUAAAUAAAAAGAAAACUGUUACAAAAAA